AAGAGAACAAAAUGUUGGUUAAAUAGUGGCGCUCUUGUAAGGCAUGUCAAAAAAUACUAACAGAGUUGGUUGAUUUUGGUAUAAUAUUAAUAUCGAUACAGAGGCCACGAUGUUUACCUUUAGAGGAGAUGGUCACCCUGCCGUGCCAUGCAAUUUUAUUGUGAAACACGGGCCACAGAAAAGCUUUUCGCGCAAAUUUUGUGAUUUAAUGCCAAAAUUCAUGUAAUUAUUUCGUGUUUUUGGCAAUCAUUCAACAUGCGGUGCUACUACGAAGAGCUCGGUCUUGCCCGUGACUCCAACGAAAGUGACAUCAAGACAGCAUACAGAAAACUAGCGCUACGCUGGCAUCCAGACAAAAAUCCCGACUGUUUGGCGGAGGCAAAGGAACGCUUUCAGCUGAUACAACAGGCGUAUGAGGUGCUCUCCGAUGCCCAAGAGCGUGCCUGGUACGAUAAUCAUCGCGAUCAGAUACUACGUGGCAAGAAUUCGGAGUACUCCGAGAAUUCUCUCGACGUCUUUCAAUAUUUUACGAGUUCCUGCUAUAAAGGCUUUGGCAACGAUGAUCAGAGUUUCUAUAGCGUAUAUCGGGAUGUCUUCAACAACAUUGCAUCCGAGGAUCUGGAGUUCAUGGACAGCGACGAUGAAUUAGGCGCACCGCAAUUCGGUAAUGCGGACAGCAGCUAUGAGGAUGUUGUGGGCCCUUUCUAUGCAUACUGGAUGUCCUACAGCACCAAAAAGACUUACGAAUGGCUGUGUCCUUACGAUGUUCGCGAAAUCAAGGAGCGCUUUAUCCUACGCAAGGUCGAGAAGGAGAUGAAGAAGAUUGUGCAGGCUGCACGCAAGGAACGCAACGAGGAGGUGCGCAACUUGGUGUCAUUUGUGCGUAAGCGAGAUCGUCGACUGCAAGCCUACAGGCGUGUCCUAGCGGAACGUGCUGAGGCGAAUCGCCUUAAGCAGGAGGAGCAACGCAAGCAGCAUCUGCGCGAACGCCAAGAGCAAUUGGCGGCGGUGCGUGCCAACAAAGUAGCCAACGAUGGCUACGAAGAGCAACUGCGGCAGCUGGAGCAGCAAUAUGGCAGCGACUCCGACAUCUAUACAGACGAAGAAGAGGAGGACGAAGAGGAUGAGGAUGACGCUGAUCAUCAGGAGGAAGACGAUGAGGACGCUGAGUUGGACGAAUUGGAGUAUGUUGAUGAUCUCUAUUGCGUGGCAUGCAACAAGUCAUUUAAGAAUGCCGGAGCACGCAGCAACCACGAGGAGAGCAAAAAGCAUCGCGACAACGUGGAACGUUUGCGACAAGAAAUGGAAAGCGAGGAACAGGAAUUCAAUGAGCACAACGAGAGCCUGAAUGCAACCGAGGAAAGUCUGGCGGAGCUGCAGCUUAAUGGCAGUCACGAAACGGCUGACAGCGAUCAGUUGGAAGAGGAACUGAUCGAGCAACAGCAAAGCAAGCGUAACAAGAAGAACAAAAAGUCAAAGAAGGCAGCACCUAAAGCUGUAGCUGUGCACAGCGACGAUGAUGAGGAGGCGGAGGCGCCUCCUGCAGAUUUCAAUCCAGCUGCCAGCAACUCAGACGACGCUGAAGACGACGAUUGGAGUCGCGGCAAGAAGGCGACCAAAAAGACAAGGGCCAAAAAUAAGACAACAAAUGGCAAACAAAAAGUCGAAGCGGAAGCGAAGCCAGCAGCUGAAGCCAAGUCCAAGACAGCGUCAACGUUGCCCACGAAGAGCAGUAGAGACAAGGAUGAUGGUGAUGAUGAAGAUGCACCAUCAGCUGUGCAACACACUUGCGUCACCUGCAAACUGGUGUUUGACUCAAAGAACAAACUGUUUGCGCAUCUGAAGAAGACAAAUCACGGCGUCUACAUACCCAAGUCCAAGCCGGAAGUGGAGGGCAAACCGCCUGGCAAAGGAAAAGGCAGGCGGAAGUAGAUUGUCUCAGAGGGUUGCUCUCUAGUUAGAUAGAAAAGAUGUAUAGUUGUUUAUUUAUGUUAAAUUCGAAAUUAAAUUAAGUGCAAAAUGCCCAAUUAAAUUCGCAUUUAUGUGUGCUCAAGGAAUGCAAACAAGUUUGCUGCCCGCCUCGACGCGACGUCGCACGCGUGUCCUUAGAUUGGAGGACUCUGCCUUGAGACUGAUGCCAGCAGCAGCAAGCGUCAGCAGAAUGCUCAGUAUGCCACAGUAGAAUGAGAUGCCUGGAACAGACUUCAUUAUAGCAACUUAAAUAUAAUAAAAACUGUCUGCUUACCUAUGCUGCAGUCGGCGGGAUAGAAGGGUUCCGCCUCCGUGCCACAGAGACGUUGCACGCGCGGCGCACGCCAGCCCAAGGGAUGCAAAAACAUGGCCAACAUAACCGAGAUGCCUGCAAAGUAGUAGUAGAGAGCAUUAGUCUAAUUUCUAGUAGAGUUUAUUGAUGCACUUACCCGCCAACACCUGGGCACAGGCGGUCAUGUUGUGUAUACUCUUGCCACAAGCGGACUGGCGGCAGCAGGUCAACAGUGUGGCAGCCACGGUGAGCGAGAGCAGCGCGAAACCAAGUGACAUGAAGAACAUGGCCAGCUUCCAUUCCCAGGGAUAAACGCUGCCAUCGGUGGCAAAGCCAUCCAGAUCAAAGCUGCCACAAUGAUAACCCGAAUGCGUUUGCUUGCAUCGCGUAUAGAUACCAACCGAGGGAUAGCGAUGCGACGUACUCGAAUUGAGACUAGGAUUAGGUGGUCCAAUUAGCCACUUGGGCGUGACCAGCGAGACAGCGAGCAGCAUAUCGGCGACCAGCGAGCAAAGGAACCAGACUAGACUCACACUCGUUAUGAUCACGUAGCACAUUGUUAAGCAAGAGAUGUGAGAUUCGGGAUUGGGUUAAAGAUGAUUUGAUGAUAAGUUGUUGCAAUCCAAGUGGUCAAAACGCGUCAGCACUUGACGAAUACAUAAUUGUCUCUGUUGUGCGGGCUUUUUAAUCAUUUCUCAUUUGGCAGUGCGUGCUAUGCUAUGAGCUAGCUAUACACACAUACAAACUAACGCACACACACACUCCCCCACAACCACCACCACUUACAGCAACAACAGCGCCACUUCCUUCCAGCUGACCAACGAAGCAGCGGCCGUGCCCGAAAUGGAAUUGUUUAUUUUAUAUGCUUUCGUUGUCUGUUUUAUGUUAUUCAUUCACCCCACUCACACACACAUACACACACUUGUAGACACGUUGGAAGCCAAUUGGAAAUAGUCAAACUUAUUGUUGUUGUUGUUGAUAUUAAACUCUUCUAUUUUUUCAAUGUGCUGUCAAUUUUGCAACAUUAUGCCGCAAACUCAACUUCCUUGUGCGCAGGCGUUUGUGGACGUGUUGCA